AUGCCUGUUAAAAGACGCAACAACGGACGCUCAAAAUAUAACUGCGGACACACGAACAUCGUUCGCUGUCAGAACUGCCACCGCUGCGUUCCCAAGGACAAAGUAAUUAAGAGAUUCACCAUUCGCAAUAUAGUGGACAAUACUAUUGCAGACGAUGUCCUCAACGCGUGCGUGAUUCAGGGGUUCGCCAUCCCCAAGCUCUACAACAAGGUCCAGUACUGUGUGUCGUGCUCCAUCCACAAUCAUAUCGUUCGAGUCCGCUCCCGCGAGGACCGCAAGAUACGCACCCCACCAAAGCGCUUUCCUCGCAACUCCUCCCAGAAGAAGUGA